AUGGCUGAAAUUCAGCUGCAGAUCGCAGGUGUCCUACGUGGGCCAGAAGAUGCCGGGGAAGAUGGACAGUUAGCUGACAAUGACAAGGGCUCAUCUCCUUCAACCGCGGCGCGGUUGACAUCGGAGCGCCUACAAUGGUGGGCGCUCGUCCUUGUGAACAUCGUGUUCGUCGUCGCUGGAGAGAGCGUGGCGACGCUCCUCGGCAGGAUCUACUACGACCAGGGCGGCGCUAGCUUGUGGAUGGCGACGGUGGUGCAGUCCUGCGGCACGCCCCUCGCCAUCCCGCUGCUCCUCUACUUCCGUCGGCCCAAGUCCUCCACGGUGGCCCGGCCGCCGCUCCGAAAGAUAUCGGCGAUCUACGCCGGUUUCGGGGUCCUCCUGGCCGGCAGCAACUUGAUGCACUCCUACGGCCUUCUGUACCUGCCAAUGUCCACGUACUCUCUCAUCUGCGCGACCCAGCUCUCCUUCAACGCCGUCUUCUCCUACUUGCUGAACAAGCACAAGUUCACCGCCCUCGUACUCAACUCCGUCGUGGUGAUCAGCUUCUCCGCCGCGCUCGUCGGCGUGGGCCACGCCUCUGACGGGACCAACAGCAGCGUGCCGCAGGGGAAGUUUCUGGCCGGGUUCUUGCUGGCGCUGUCGGCAUCCGCGAUCUUCUCCCUGGUCCUGUCCUUGACGCAGCUCACGUUCGACAAGGUGCUCAGGAGCGGCACCUUCCACGACGCGGUGAAGAUGCAGUUCUGGAGCAACACUGCCGCGGCCUGCGUGUCGGUGGCCGGGCUCUUCAUCUCGGGGGAGUGGAGCACGCUGGCCGGGGAGAUGCAUGGUUACAAGAAAGGCAAGGUGUCCUACGCCAUGAAUCUGGUAUGGACGGCCAUAUCGUGGCAACUGACCAUGACGGGCAUGAUGGGGCUCGUCGCGGCGGUGUCGUCGCUCUUCACCAACGUGAUCAGCACCGCGGGUAUGGCUCUGUCACCAGUCAUCGCGGUUAUCUUUCUCCGUGACCGGAUGGACGGGACCAAGGUUCUAGCAAUGCUCAUAGCUGUAUGGGGGUUCUUGUCGUACGUUUACCAGAGCUACCUUGAUGGUGUCAAGCUUAAGAAGAUACUACCUAGCUGCGAAAGCCGACCACAAACAACAGCCCGCGGAACGUGA